UGGUCGUAUCAUAUCAGCUGCUCCCACUGGUUUUCUGCUCCAGCUCAGAACAGGGCAUCAUAAAGCAGGACGGACUUCCAGGUUGAAGCUAUCCGGUGCUUCACCGACACACGGAGGACGACAGACAGGCAGUCCUGUUACGCCUUUUAACAUUAGACACUGGCAGUUCAGCCUUAGGUUCAACAAGCAGCCAAGAGAAAUAUAUUUUAUUUGUGGUUAAGGGCGACAUAUUUCAGCACCGUAACAGGCACUGAUGGGAUGUCUGGGAGCGGGAUAAACAUUUCCCGGUUGUUUAAAUGCAGUCACAGGCCACCGGUAUGCUAAUUUGGCAGCGUUAAUUUGGGACAUACUGAAACAGAAGUGGAGGCAAAAUGGGAUUCCUGCACCAGCUCCAUCUCCUGCUGUGGAAGAACAUCUCUCUGAAGAGGAGGGGGCCGUGGGUGCUGGCCUUUGAGAUCUUCAUCCCGCUGGUCCUUUUCUUCAUCCUCCUGGGUCUGAGGCAGAAGAAGCCUGCAAUCCCUGUCAAGGAAGUGUCUUUUUACAGUGCAGCUCCACUUACCUCGGCUGGCAUCAUUCCCAUCAUGCAGUCCUUGUGCCCAGAUGGACAAAGGGAUGAAUUUGGUUUCCUGCAGUACAAGAACUCCACUGUGACCCAGCUGCUGGAGCGGAUCAGUGAAGUGGUUGAACAGAACCGACUCUUCACAUCUGAUCGGCCUGGUCUGGGUCGAGAGCUGGAGACCCUGCAGCAGCACUUGGAGAGUCUCAGCUCCACCCCUUUACCACCAGACUACAACGUCAGCAGCAGCCAAGGUUUCACAUUGGCCAGUGUGUUGAAGAACCACUCAGCUUUCCAGCAAUUCUUGGUCAAGAAUCUCUCCCUAUCCAACUCUACAGCCAACCUGCUGCUCAACUCUCCAGUCAGCAUCAGAGAGGAGAAGCUGCUGGGAGAUGUACACAGUUUGAAUGGAGGUGUUAUACACAAAGCCUUACAUGACCAGUUGAAAGAAACUCAUAGUCAAGCUCUGCUUAAACUGAUGUCCGAAGCUUUGGGCCUCACUGAAUCCACAGGAGAUCAAGGAAAUGACCCACAGGGCCUGAAGGAAGUGGAGGGGGUCCUCCUAACUGGAGCCAUGCUGGAAAGCCUCACCUGCGGGAGCGUGGGGACCAGUGAGCUCAGUAAGAUCCUUUUGGUGUCUGAGAAGCAGCAACCGUUGUUGGAGGCCUAUUGCAACACAGUGUGCAGUGCAGGGGAGGGUCAAAGGUCAGAGCACUUCAGACAGAUGAGCCUCGAGCUGAGAGAGCAGAUCAACACACAAAGUGUCAUUGAUAAGCUUCACCUGGACCAACCCAGUUCUAUAGCCACUCUCUCUCAGUCCCACCUUGGAGCCUUAUUGAAGGACCUGGCUGAUGUAGAGCGGCUUCUCAAGGAUGUGGACCUGCUCUCUGGUCUGGCUCGCCUGCUGCCCAAAGGAGCCUGUACUGGUCGAUCUCCAGCAUCCCCUACAAACCUGACCUCACCCCUUAACAGCACCAUCUGGGGCCCCAACACAACUGAGGUCUCUGGAGAGGAGGGGGAGGAAGGAGCAGAGGGAGGCAGAAAAGCAGGAGGAGUGAAAGGAAAGGCAGAAACAGAGAAUCCUCACUCUCAGUUUUCAGCAUUUGUACAACUGUGGGCCGGACUGCAGCCAAUUCUGUGUGGGAACAACAGGAUCAUUGAGCCAGAGGCUUUGAAGCAGGGGAAUAUGAGUUCUCUAGGAUUCACCAGUAAAGAACAGCGGAAUCUGGGCCUACUGGUUCAUUUGAUGACUACAAAUCCCAAGAUCCUCUACUCCCCCAUUGGCUCUGAGGUGGAUAAAGUUAUUCAGAAGGCAAAUGAGACAUUUGCAUUUGUUGGAAAUGUGACCCACUAUACCCGGGUGUGGCUCAACAUCUCAGCCCAGCUCAGGACUUUUCUGGAGGAGGGCCGGCUGCACAGCUAUCUAUUGUGGCUUCAACAGCUGUCCUCAGACCUUCAGCAGCACCCUGAGUUGUUGAAUGGCACAAACAGUGAGCUGAUGCAGAGUCUGAUGGAAGGAAACUACAGUCUCCUUAACACCUCCACCCUGCUGGAGCAGCUAGACACCAUUGACAACGCCGCCUGUGGCUGGACACACUUCAUGUCAAAGGUCAGUGUGGAUGUCUUUAAGGGCUUUCCUGAUGAGGACAGCAUUGUCAACUACACCCUGAAUCAGGCCUACAAUGACAAUGUGUCUGUCUUUGCCAGUGUGAUUUUCCAGACUAACAAAGAUGGCUCCCUGCCACCCCACAUUCUUUACAAAAUUAGACAAAACUCCAGCUUUACAGAGAAGACCAAUGAAAUCCGGCGGGCCUACUGGCGUCCCGGGCCAAACACCGGGGGCAAAUUCUACUUCCUCUACGGUUUUGUUUGGAUCCAAGAUAUGAUAGAGAGAGCAAUCAUCAACACAUUUGUGGGCCAUGAUGUGGUGGAGCCUGGCAACUACGUUCAGAUGUUCCCAUACCCAUGUUACACGAGAGAUGAUUUUCUGUUCGUGAUUGAGCACAUGAUGCCUCUGUGCAUGGUGAUCUCCUGGGUUUACUCAGUAGCCAUGAUGAUUCAACAUAUUGUGGCUGAGAAGGAGCACCGGCUCAAAGAGGUGAUGAAGAUGAUGGGUCUGAACAAUGCGGUCCACUGGGUGGCUUGGUUCAUCACUGGCUUUGUCCAGCUGUCUAUCUCUGUCACCGCUCUAACAGCCAUCUUGAAGUAUGGUCGGGUGUUGCUCCACAGCGACCCCUUCAUCAUCUGGCUGUUCCUCACCAUCUACGCCGUAGCCACCAUUAUGUUCUGUUUUUUGGUAUCAGUAAUCUACUCAAAGGCAAAGCUGGCUUCAGCCUGCGGCGGAAUCAUCUAUUUCCUCAGCUACGUGCCCUACAUGUAUGUGGCCAUUAGGGAGGAGGUGGCCCAUGAUAAGAUCACUGCCUUUGAGAAGUGCAUUGCUGCUCUGAUGUCCACCACUGCCUUCGGCUUGGGCUCCAAGUACUUUGCGCUGUAUGAGGUAGCAGGUGUUGGCAUCCAGUGGCGGACUAUUAACCAAUCACCAGUAGAAGGUGAUGACUUUAACCUGGGUCUGUCCAUGAUGAUGCUCAUCAUUGAUGCCAGUGUGUAUGGUGUGCUCACGUGGUACAUAGAGGCCGUGCAUCCAGGGAUGUAUGGACUCCCCCGCCCAUGGUACUUCCCCUUGCAGAGGUCCUAUUGGUCAAGCAGUGCGCGUGUUGAGACUUGGGAUUGGCCAUGGUGUGGUGGUGGGGCAGUCAGGCUCAGUGUGAUGGAAGAAGAUCAGGCUUGCGCGCUGGACCAGCGGAGAUCUGAGGAGAUGCGUGGUAUAGAGGAGGAGCCAAGCCAUCUUCCGCUGGUUGUGUGUAUUGACAAACUGACCAAAGUGUACAAGACUGGCAGCAAACUGGCCUUGAACAAACUCAGUCUCAACCUCCAUGAAAACCAGGUGGUCUCCUUCCUGGGACACAAUGGUGCUGGCAAGACCACAACCAUGUCCAUCCUGACGGGCUUGUUCCCACCCACCUCUGGUUCUGCCACCAUAUAUGGUCAUGACAUCCGCACGGAGAUGGAGCGUAUUCGUCAGAACCUGGGCAUGUGUCCACAGCACAAUGUCCUGUUUGACAAGCUGAGUGUGGAGGAGCACCUGUGGUUCUACUCCAGACUCAAAGGCAUGGCUGAAGAAGACAUACGCAAAGAGAUGGACAAAAUGAUUGUUGACCUGGAGUUAUCCAACAAGCGUCACAGUUUGGUGCAGACUUUGUCCGGCGGAAUGAAGAGGAAGCUGUCUGUGGCCAUUGCCUUUGUUGGCGGUUCUAGGGCCAUCAUCCUGGACGAACCCACAGCGGGUGUAGACCCAUACGCCCGCAGGGCUAUCUGGGACCUCAUCCUCAAAUACAAGCAGGGCCGUACAAUUCUGCUGUCCACCCACCAUAUGGAUGAAGCAGACCUCCUGGGAGAUCGCAUUGCCAUCAUCUCACAUGGGAAACUCAAGUGCUGUGGCUCACCACUCUUCCUGAAGAGCACCUAUGGAGACGGAUACAAACUGACACUCGUCAAAAAGCAGAGUGAAGGCAGAGGCCAGGGCAGCCAGUUGCAGCCUCCUUCGUCUCUGUCUCCACCCUCCUCUCAGACACCUUGCUCAGAGGCUCAGGUCACCCAGUUUAUUCGCCAGUUUGUGGCAUCUUGCCUGUUGGUGUCUGACUCCAACACUGAGCUGUCCUAUGUGCUGCCCUCUGAGGCUGUCAAGAAAGGCUGCUUCGAGAGGCUGUUCCAGGCUUUAGAGCAAAGCUUGGACAGCUUGGCCCUGACCAGCUUUGGAGUGAUGGAUACCACACUGGAGGAAGUCUUUCUCAAAGUGUCUGAGGAGGACCAGUCUCUGGAGAACAGUGAUGCUGACAUGAAGGGUUCCCCAGGGGGCAGCUCAUUGGGGAAAUCCUCAGUGGGUUUAGGAGGCCCGGGGAGAACACAGGGUGAGACUGGACCUUCAUUGGAGAGUGAGAAGCCAGAGGUGGAGCUGAGUAAUCUGGAGAUGUGCUCCAGGCUGAGCCAGAGCCAGUCCUCCCUGAAAUCCUCAUCAUCCACCGGCUCAGUGAGGGGGGAUGAGGGGGGACUCUACACCGACUUCUAUGGAGAUUAUUGUCCACUUUUUGACAAUGGCCAAGAGUCUGACUCUGCCAGCCUGAGGGGGGAUUCAGAGAACCCCUCAUCCCCACAGCCCAAGGUCCUGGAGGGGCAGGGCACCUUCAAGUUGGAGGGUUGGUGGUUAAAGCUAAGUCAGUUUCAUGGCCUAAUCAUCAAGAGGUUUCACUGUGCUAAGAGGAACACCAAGGGCCUCUUCUCUCAAAUCCUCCUUCCUGCAUUCUUUGUCUGUGUGGCCAUGACGGUGGCCUUAUCUGUGCCUGAAAUUGGAGACUUGCCACCCCUGAUCUUGUCUCCAUCUCAGUAUCAUAACUAUACCCAACCUAGAGGCAACUUCAUUCCCUAUGCUAACGAAGACAGACCCCAGUACAGGAGCAAACUGUUUCCAGAUGCCAGCCCACAGAAGAUCAUCAACACCCUCCGUCUGCCCUCAGGCGUGGGUGCUACCUGUGUCCUUAAAACCCCCUUCAACAGCACCCUGGACCAGCUGGCCCAGACCCUCAAUCCCAGCGCCAAUAAUUCCAAGACCCUGGCUGCCCGCUACUUUGACUCCAUGUGUCUGGACUCCUUCACCCAGGGGGUCCCGCUCUCAAACUUUGUACCCCCACCUCCUUCACCAGCACCUUCAGAUGACCCAGACCCUCGCUUUGAGGAUGGACUGUGGAACUUCACAGUUGCCCCUCCUACUACAGUCCGUGAGCCCGCGACAUCUCCUCCCACCCUCCCCCUGUCCAUCCAUGAGCCAGUGCGCUGCACCUGCUCUAUGCAGGGGACAGGCUUCUCGUGCCCCAGUGGGGUGGGAGGACGGCCCCCCCUCAUGAAGGUGGUGACAGGUGACAUCCUAGUGGACAUCACAGGGCGGAACGUCUCUGAGUAUCUGCUCUUCACAUCAGACAGACUGCGCCUACACAGAUAUGGUGGUUUGACAGUGGGGAACAUCCAGAAAUCAAUCCCAGCAUCCUUUGGGAGAAAGAUACCUCCAAUGGUUCGCAAAAUAGCAGUUCGCAGAUCAGCUCAGGUUCUGUAUAACAACAAAGGUUACCACAGCAUGCCAACAUAUCUGAAUGUUCUCAACAACGCUAUCCUGCGUGCCAACCUUCCUGCAUCCAAGGGCAACCCUGCUGCCUAUGGUAUCACACUGACAAAUCACCCAAUGAAUCGAACUAGCGCCAGCCUCUCUUUGGACUACUUGCUCCAAGGGACAGAUGUGGUGAUUGCCAUCUUCAUUAUUGUGGCCAUGUCUUUUGUGCCAGCCAGCUUUGUGGUUUUCCUGGUUGCAGAGAAAUCCACCAAGGCCAAACACCUGCAGUUUGUCAGUGGCUGUGACCCUGUCAUCUACUGGCUAGCUAAUUACAUAUGGGACAUGCUGAACUACCUGGUGCCUGCCACCUGUUGUGUUAUCAUUCUGUUUGUGUUCGACCUGCCAGCCUACACCUCCCCCACUAACUUCCCUGCUGUCCUCUCCCUCUUUCUUCUCUAUGGGUGGUCUAUCACUCCCAUCAUGUACCCAGCAUCCUUCUGGUUCGAGGUUCCCAGUACAGCCUAUGUGUUCCUCAUAGUCAUCAACCUCUUCAUAGGCAUCACCGCAACUGUUGCCACCUUCCUUCUUCAGCUCUUUGAACAUGACAAGGAUCUCAAAAAAGUGAACAGUUACCUGAAGUCCUGUUUCCUCAUCUUCCCCAACUACAACCUUGGACAUGGCCUGAUGGAGAUGGCCUACAACGAGUAUAUCAAUGAAUACUAUGCUAAAAUAGGCCAGUUUGACAAGAUGAAGUCUCCAUUUGAAUGGGACAUUGUGACUCGAGGACUCGUUGCCAUGACAAUUGAAGGUUUUGUUGGCUUCUUCAUCACCAUUCUCUGCCAAUACAACUUCUUCAAGAAACCUUCGAGGGUGCCCAUCACCUGCCAGCCUAUUGAUGAUGAUGACGUAGACGUCGCCUGUGAGAGGAGAAGAGUCCUGCGAGGGGAUGCUGACAACGACAUGCUGAAAAUUGAGAACCUGACAAAGGUGUAUAAAUCCAGGAAGAUGGGCCGUAUCCUGGCAGUGGACCGGCUGUGUCUGGGUGUCCGUCCUGGUGAGUGUUUUGGACUGCUAGGAGUGAAUGGAGCUGGGAAGACUACCACCUUCAAAAUGCUGACAGGAGACGAGUGCACCACGGGAGGAGAGGCCUUCAUUAAUGGAAGCAGUAUCCUAAAGGACCUGCUACAUGUGCAGCAGUGUAUCGGCUACUGUCCGCAGUUUGAUGCCCUCUUUGAUGACCUGACAGCCAAGGAACAUCUGGAGCUUUACACUCGCCUUCGUGGGAUUCCCUGGAAGGACCAGGAGAGGCUGGUACAGUGGGCUUUAGAAAAGCUGGAGUUGGCAAAGUAUGCAGACAAGCCUGCUGGCACUUACAGUGGAGGAAACAAGCGCAAGCUUUCUACUGCCAUCGCUCUGAUUGGAUACCCUUCUCUCAUCUUCCUGGAUGAGCCCACCACUGGGAUGGAUCCAAAGGCUCGUAGAUUCCUCUGGAACCUGAUCCUGGACAUUAUCAAGACUGGGCGCUCUGUGGUGCUGACGUCACACAGCAUGGAGGAAUGUGAGGCUUUGUGCACGAGACUGGGAAUCAUGGUGAACGGCAGGUUUAAAUGCCUGGGCAGCAUCCAGCACCUCAAGAACAGGUUUGGAGAUGGCUACAUGAUCACAGUGAGGACUAAGAGCAGCUCCAAUGUGAAGGAGGUGGUUCGAUUCUUCAACAGAAACUUCCCUGAGGCUGUGCUGAAGGAACGUCACCACACUAAGGUCCAGUACCAGCUGAAGUCUGAGCGGAUCUCUCUGGCUCAGGUCUUCAGUAAGAUGGCGGAGGUGCGGGGCAUCGAGGACUACUCUGUCAGUCAGACCACUCUGGACAACGUGUUUGUCAACUUUGCUAAGAAGCAGAGUGACAACCUGGAGCAGCAGGAGGUAUCGCCCCCUGGUGGUGGACAGUCCCCACUGCAACAUAUCCUCAACCUGCUGAAGUCGCGGCCGGCCAACACAGAGCUCAGUGCGCUGAUCAGCGAGGCGCCGGAGGAGCUGGAAAGCGAUGAUGAUGAAGGACUGAUCAGCUUUGAAGAGGAAAGGGUGCAGCUCUCCUUCAGCACAGACACUCUCUGCUGAGAGUGAGCCGCUUGCUGAUCAGAGAGACAAGGAGAGUGACAUCUGUCUGGGCUCUGAGGACUGGAGGGGAACAGAGCUGCUGAUUUAACCCUGAGAAGGACCAAAACUCUCUGCACCAUGGAAGACAGGACCACUAGUUUGGUAUUUCAGCCUCUAAUUCCUCAUCCCAGGAGGACCUGAGACUGCAUGACCCACAGGUAGCGGCACAGCAGCAGGAGCACUUUGACUGAGGACUUUGUCCUGGAAUGUUUCCAUAUUCACUUUUUGCAGAAUGCAUCUCACCAGACGGCUGAUGGAUGCAGUGGCUAAGCUACCCAUACUGACUGAACAUAGAAUUGUGUUGAAUUGAUUGUACAUGCCCCUUGCCAGAGAGCCUCAUGUAACCCUUGUGGGCCCUUGUUACUGUACCAAACUAAACUUGCCUUGAGACCAUGCUGUGGUGAAGUGGAUUCCCAGUGGUAAUGUAAAAGUCUAUUUUUAUGUGGUGACAAGAAUUAUUUUGGAUAUCAAUGCAGCUAUAGAUUACCAUGUGAGUUGCUUUGCAGUAACAGAGGAUUUAGUAAGGUGCGCCUUGUAAAGUGCCAGGUGUGGACAUGUGUGUGAGCUGUCAGCCUUUUCUUUGCAUUUGAUGUCAGAGAUACAGAGGGGAUCUGCAGCACAUGGCAUGGUGUCAUCUGGACAGUACCUCUCCUCUAUCAAGCUCUUUUGUGUUUAUAACAGAUCCUUUGUGAACUGGACACAGUGGUAUUUUAUCAGUGAAGGUGUGAAACUGAAGUGAACUCGACCUUUCCCCUGACAUGACUGCACUACCAUCACUGUGAUACUCCCACAUCGGAAUACUCUUGUUUUAACCUGGGUACAGGUCCUUUUGUGAUUUGCAAGACAUUUCUUAUGGAAUUUGAAGAAUUCAAAAUGUGCGGCAUAUCCACAUUUAACAACACACGGAUGUUUCUCUGUCUAAAUGUUGGCAUGUGGUUUUAACUGCUCUCACUCAUGAGUUUCGUGAUAACUGAGUUGUAACUUGUAAUGUCAGAAUAAUUACUGUUUUGCUCCUUCUCACAGCUAAUUGCAGUCAUAUUUUUGGUGAUUAUGGUACUGGUGGGCAUUUUACCUAAUUUAAUUGGGUUGUUAGUUCUGUCCUCUCUGAGAAUGUAAAGCUAGAGGGAAGUUAGUUGCUGAAAUAUUUGAAUUAAUACCAGCAUCCAAACAAAGCUCUAACAUAUUUAUGACCAUAGCACCAACUUGGUGAACUGAAAAUUCUUGUUUAAAUUGGGUUUUUAUGCAAUGAUAAUAAAAUCAAAGCUCAGAACAUUUCUUUAAAAUGGCAAAAAAGAAAAAUGAGGUAUUAGUGUAAUGAUUUACAGACAAAAGUAUUAUGUAGUCAAGCAAUGUUAGAGGUAACAUAAGUCACCAGCAACGGCAUCCCAGAAAAAUAAUAUUUCAAAUAGUAACUUUAUUCUAUACUUAUUAUGGAUGUAUAAUUCUUUUUGAGGAUAUGAAGCAUCAUCAGAUUCUCAUUUGCAAAAAAACAUCUGACAAUGACAUUGAAGCUCACAUAUGAUUAAAGUUAUUUCUGAACUCCUCGGGG